AUGUUGAUGCAAGAUAUCAUAGCACCUGUUCAGAACAUUCAUUUCGAUCUCGAUGAAAUCGUCUGUUCUCAACAGGGCGCUUUGCCACUACCUUUUCCUAAUAUGGACAAAGCAAAUGUUGGAGUGUGUGAAUUUUUCUUGCGUUCAAGUUGCUCAAAUCAACGCUGCCCGUUUCGACAUAUACACGGUGAUAAAACAGUUGUAUGUAAACAUUGGUUACGUGGUUUAUGUAAAAAAGGCGAUGAUUGUGAAUUUCUCCAUGAAUAUGACAUGGCCAAAAUGCCUGAGUGCUAUUUCUUUUCGAAAUACGGACAAUGUUUGAAUAAAGAAUGUGCAUUUCUUCAUUUGGAUCCAGAAUCGAAAAUACGUGAUUGUCCUUGGUAUGAUCGAGGAUUCUGUCGUCAUGGGCCGAAUUGUAAAAAUCGCCACACUCGGAAAGUUCUCUGUCAGAAUUAUCUUUGUGGAUUUUGCCCCGAGGGACCAAAGUGUACUUUAUCACAUCCGAGUUUUGAACUACCGAAUGCGAACGAAUUUACUCCAGUACAACGUAAAGUGGUCUUCGUUUGUGAUUAUUGUCAUGAAACAGGACAUAAAGCAUCAUCAUGUUUUAAACUACCAUAUGAAGAACGACAAAAAUACCUUAACAUGCCAUCAAAUAAUUCUCAAUCACAACAACAAUAUAAUCGACCGCCGUAUGGUCAAAACCAGAAUUACAAUCAUCAACAAGAUGGAGGAGCAUCUCACCAGUCUGCAAACCACCAUGCGACUGAUGAACAACAUCCACCAACGAUGGGUAUGUCACAACCGUUCCAACAUGAUGUCACUUGUUUCAAAUGCGGUGAACGAGGUCAUUAUGCCAACAAAUGUACCAGAUCACAUGUACCCUUUCUACGUAAUCAGAAUAUGCAACGGCGAUAG